AACAAUUGUUUAUUUACCAGUGGGUGCCUGGUUAGAGACUUUUGUUGCCAACCUGUUAGAAACAGCUGAUGUUUAGAUAAAUAUAACUUAGAACAAAAAACAAGAUGGCUACCGGAACAUGGGCUACAUUGCCCCUAGCAACAGCUACUAUUGGUCCUGACUGUUGGAGAGACGCGACCGUCAAAAACAUCAAAGUUUCGCAAAAUGUGAUUCAGAAAAGUGACAAGGGCACCGACCUAGGCCGUCAACUUGAUCCCUUGCCGACUUUACGCGACAACUGCGCCCUGCAGAGUAACGUGAAGGUUCAUAGCUACAUGAGGCAAACCAGGGCUGUGGUCGUAAAAUUAAGGGAAAACCUCCUUGAUACGAACGAAGAGAUGAAGUCACUGAUCCGGGGUAAAGAAGCUUUGGAGAAAACAUUGGAGCAUAUCAGGAAAGAUAUUUUGCUUUGUAAACAAAGUGUCUUCAUUCGGAUGUCAAGACCUUCAAGGGAAAGGAGCACGGACGGGGCGGACGAUCUUCUUAACACUGAACGACUAACUUUACUCAGGAUCAAACGAACACUAGAGGGAGAACUGAGAGCAACGCAAAAACAAUUGCAGGUGCUCGCUAGCGCCCGCAAGAGGCUGUCGGACACAUUGCAAGAGCGCAACCGAGUGUUGGAUCUCGUCACUCACUCGGUGGCGUCAGCGAGGCCAGCUUCUGGUCGUCACUCUGUGGUGACACCUACUGGAAGAAACUCCACCGGAGCAUACGAACCACCUGAGACUCCCGAACCAGAUCCUAUUGGUCCGUACACACCAGAGGCAGCAGAAGCCGUCCAAUCAGCUUCUGACGCUCGGGUUAGCUCGGCUGCGCUAAGACGGGAGAUUCGCGACACAAUUGACAGAUGUCAAUCAGAGCAGAAGAUGGCUCAUAUGACGGUCAACAAUGGAUUGACGCAAAAAGUUGCUGAAACUGUUACUUUAACUCAACACUUGCAAGUGAACCAUGGAGAGAACAGAGCUGCCAUUCAUAGAUCACAAAGGCAUUAUGACCUCACAGAGAAAGCACAGGGCUAUUCACUUGGCCCUGUGUCGUACAAUGAUCUCAGCACACGGGAAAGGUUGAAUCGACCGCUUGUAAAAGUUUAUCAACGACACCCUGGGACUCAACUACCAGAAGCUCAUAACUUGAUAGAGGGCAACGUUGGUUUGGCACAAUCACUUCGCGCAACAAGUCGCAACGUGGCAUUGUUGCACCUCGCACGUCUUCGACUUAGCGACGAUAUUCGUGAUAAACGGGUUGCUACGGGGAUCGAUAGCGCCAUCGUGAGGCUGCGACGUAGAAGGAGUAAUUAUCGUUGGGUUAUGGAAGGCGAGAACUUGCAAGCGUGAAGAAUCCCACAAAGUUACACAAAUGUGCCGCGUAUUUUCGCUGUCGAUAUUUUAUAAAAAUAAUUUAAGUUCAACGUUGUAUGUACAAAGUACGCAUAAUUUUUUUCACACAAAAGUUGUUACUUGCUUUAAUUUCCUGCACUUAGAAGUUUCACUGCAUCUCUGUUGAGAUUUCGUUCUCUCUGCCUGAAAGUAGUUAUCGUAGUUUGUUGUGCCAAGAUAUCAAUUUGUGCCAAUUAGAUUUUGUCACUGGUCAUGAGAAUACACCUCUGUUAAAAAAA